GUUGGCUGAGGUUGAGACUCGAUUCACGAUGCUCCUUUUGCUUGCAUUUAGUUACUGAAUAUGGUAACAGUUGGUACUAGUGUGUGGCUUGAUUCAUCUUCCAACGGGUAUAUUUAUCUGUUGUCUACACAUUGUUCCUAUAUGUUAUAAGCUCUGUCUACAUUUAUUUUCUUAUACUUAUUGCGUUACUAUGGCACCACGUACGCGCACAUCUGUGGCUUCCGGUGUCUCAAGGCACUCUGACCCAUCGGUAUCUUCUGUAUCCGUUGACCCCGUUGCUGCAUAUCAAGAGCUUGCAAAAGUCAAGCGCGGUUUACCUCGUCGUUUAGUAUCAGAGAUUGAACGUCGCAAGGCAACUUCUAUUGAGGAUGCAGCUCGUGUUGCAAAUGCUUUACGUGCUAAGCGUACCAAAUCGCACAAGGUCGUUAAGGCUAACGGUCCUGGGAAAGCCAAGGGCUCUAAGCCUAAGAAGCCUGGCGAGUUUUUAAAGCCCAGUGAUGAGGCUACCCUUGAGGUUAUCGCAGGUGUCAAGCGCGCGUUAGAUAGUGGCGUGAUUAAGCUAUAGUAUGUCACCCGUUAUUAAAAUUGCGGAAUGCGUUUUUUAGUGUUGAGUACGUUCCCCAUGAUAUGGCUGCUGCCGGGAGACAUAUACACAUUCGUGUAACGGUACCUCUCCAGAAGAUGCGGAAUCCAUACUCUCGAUAUAAUGCGAGAGCUGUGUUUGCUGGGUUCUGCGCGUUAUAUAGUAUAUAUAGCACAACUUACGGUAUAUACAGGUCUACUUGGAUCUUUGUCCUUUCGGUAGCACUGUUGCGUCUGCAUAUGUGUUUUGAUGACAUCGAUUGGGUUAGUAAUAGCUCCUGCCACAGCUCCUCCGAUGCCUGUGAUAAAUUAGCAGCCAACUUUGUCGGCAUUCAAGGCCGAUAAUGAGGGCAUAUCCACA